ACUGUUCAGGUGAUUAGAUACACUUGCUUCGUUGUAGUGUUCGGACAAUGGCUGGCCUUUAGUUACAUUUAAUAGGAAUUCAUUGGUUGUGAUAUCGAUUGUUUUCAACAAAUUUGCCGAUUUAAUUUUUAAAUAAUGUCGCACACCGGGCGUUUACGUCUGGAUGACGUUAUCAGUUCUGUGCCUGAAUUGGGGCCAACGUUACCUGAUGGCGGGUAUUCGUGGAUUGUUCUCGCUGGCGCGAUGGUCAUUCAGAUGACAGUGCCAACAAUAACAUCAAUGUAUGGAGUUGUCCUCGGAUAUUUAGCGCUUGAUUCAACAAAGGGAUUGGAUUCUUGGCAACAUGAAAUCGGACUUACCCCUAUUCUCUUCACAGCUUUCUUAUCCCUAGCUGACCCCUGGUCCCGGGUAAUAGUCCACUUGGCCGCAGCGCCUCGUCUCAUCGGUUUCAUUGGAGUAUGUCUCCUAUCGAUCGGCGUUCUUGCCUCCGGUUACCUGGCAACAGGUGGAGUGGGUGCUUACCUGGCGAGUUCAAGUGCUGGUGCUGUAAUGGGAAUAGGCGGUAGUUUUAUCCUCGUUCAGACGGAAAGUCUCCUCCGAAGGAACUUCCGGAGUCGCCUGAGACUGGCAUUGACCCUGAAAGAGGUGGCAACGUCCCUAGGGUUUGUCUUUGCACCUGUUUUCGCCCCCGCUUUCUGCUCCAGGUCAAAUCCCCAGAUUGGACUCUUCAUGAUCGCUUGUUCCUUCAUUCCUGCGGCAGUGGGUACUUUGGCUUUCCGGACUCCCAUCGUUCAUUCUCGAACUAGUCCUUACACUCUCCUCAUCAGCGACGAGGACAAUGAGUUGACAGAUAGGGUCGUUCCAGACAAAACUGAAGGAAAUGGCCGGGAUAAUAAUUCCAGGAGCAUGUUCAGUGGUGAAAGCAGAGACGAGGGGACUCAGUCGAGUUUAUCACGGAAUGGAAAUGACGUCUACAAUUUUCAGGAUCCCGAGGAAGAUCGCGAAAUUUUCAGCAUUUCUAACCAUCGAGUGAGUGUUUUCUCCGGCUUCCGGCAGAAGUGUCAAAUUUUCAAGUCAGGAAAGUUUUGGGUGGGAGCUGUUGCAUGUGUCGGCUGCAAAGCGGGAGGUCUUUUCUUCUGGAUUUUACUGCCAUCGCUGGCAACCGUGCAAUUGGGAGCAGGUAGUUGGAUAGAAGGAAUGGCAAUGUCUGUGACAGCUGGAUGGGGAACUUUGAUUCCCCGCGUUGCGUCCUACUGGCAACCCACCACUGCCAGGUGGAGAAGUUUUUGCUUCGGGGGUGCAUCGUGGCUGGGAGGCUUGACACUUCUAGCCUUGUGUACUGAAGUGGCUUUACCAAUUUAUGGCACCGCAGCAUUUCUUGGGGGAGUGAGUGUCGGUGGUACAUCAGUCUGCCUGGAAUCAUCGUUAUUUGAUGCCAUGGGGAGUCAAUCGGUGAAACAAUCGCACACCAUGUUGUCCAGCAUCGUUGGACUGAGCAUUUUAGCAUUUUCAUUUAUUAAAAGCCCCCUUGUCUGCCUUCAAUUAACGGCUGCAAUCCAAUUCUUAGGCGGGACUUAUUGGAUCCUGGUCCCUCUCUUAGGAAUCAUUCGAGCCAGAUGACACCACAAAUUAAUGCUGCCACUUUACUACGUUUAAUUUUUUAAUUUACCGAACUAUAAAAUGGAUAACCCUUUCUUUCCCAUUCUCCCAAAGUCCAGGAGUCCCAAAGUGGGUGGACUCCUGGAUUGUCAACGGUGAAUACUGACCCCACACGAAUGGAUGGGGCUCACGAAGUGCACCAUAAACAGAAAAGACGCCCGAAUGAAAGAAAUUAUCACAUUUGUAAUUAUAACUUUGUACAUAAACUUUUCUACGCCCGAA